AAGGAUCGCUUAUGUAUAUCUAAAAUAUUUACCAGUUAGAUUCGCCAUUAUAAAUAGCUUCAUUCAUUUCUCGAAUCAAAUACCACUUCUCUUUUCUCUUCAUGCAAAACAGCAUGAAGUCGUAUUCUCUCUUUAGUUUGAUACUUGCCUUCUUGGCUAUUGUUUACAUUUCAAAUGCAUCAAAUGGUGAUUUCGCUCAAGAUAAAAAAGUAGAUUGCGGCGAUGGUUUUGACACUGGAGGACUCAGCAGAAAAGCUUUCCCAGAAGGGUUUCAGUUCGGAACUGCAACUUCUGCAUAUCAAGUUGAAGGCAUGGCCUCCAAAGAUGGAAGGGGACCGAGCAUUUGGGAUCCUUUCAUUCAAGUUCCUGGAAACAUUAAAGGCAAUGCCACUGGUGAAGUUGCUGUUGAUCAGUAUCACCGAUACAAGGAAGAUAUUGAUCUCAUGGUAAAGCUUAAUUUUGAUGCAUACCGGUUUUCAAUUUCCUGGUCCAGGAUUUUCCCCAAGGGAACUGGGGAAGUAAAUCAGCUUGGAGUCGAUUACUACAAUAGAUUGAUAGAUUACAUGGUUGAAAAAGGGAUUACUCCAUAUGCAAAUCUCUAUCAUUAUGACUUGCCAUUAGCUCUUCAAGAAAAGUACAAUGGUCUGCUCAGUUGUGAUUUUGUGAAGGAUUAUGCGGAUUAUGCAGACUUUUGCUUCAAAAUAUUUGGGGAUAGAGUUAAGAACUGGUUCACAUUUAAUGAACCAAGAGUUAUUGCAGCCCUUGGUUUUGAUAAUGGCAUGAAUCCCCCUUCAAGGUGUUCUAAAGAAGUGGGUAAUUGUACCUCUGGAGACUCUGCAACUGAGCCCUACAUUGCUGCACAUAAUUUGAUUUUAGCUCAUGCUGCUGCAGUUGAAAGAUAUCGCGAAAAGUACCAAAAAGAACAAGGAGGAAGGAUUGGAAUUCUUUUGGAUUUUGUUUGGUUUGAACCUCUAACUAGAUCAAAAAAGGACAGAUAUGCAGCUGAAAGAGGAAUGCAAUUCUCUCUUGGAUGGUUUUUACAUCCUAUUAUAUAUGGUGAGUAUCCAAGAAUAAUGCAAGAUAUUGUUGGAGCUAGGCUUCCAAGGUUUACAGAAGCAGAAGUUCAAAUGGUGAAGGGUUCCAUAGAUGUUGUUGGUAUUAAUGUAUACACUGGCUUCUACAUGAUGGAUCCUCCAUGGCCUAAGUCUAAUAUCACAAGCUAUCAGAAUGAUUGGAAUGUCGGUUUCGUCUAUGAACGCAAUGGAAAACCAAUUGGUCCAACGGCAUAUACUUCAUUUCUUUACAUUGUACCUUGGAGUAUUUACAAGUGUAUGACAUAUAUAAAAGAGCGAUAUGGAAAUCCAACCAUGAUUCUCUCAGAAAAUGGCAUGGACCAACCGGGCAAUAUGACAUUCCCAGAAGUUUUAUAUGAUACAACAAGAGUAAAUUACUACAGAGGCUAUAUAUCAUAUCUGAAGAAGGCUAUUGAUGAAGGUGCUAAUGUUGUAGGAUACUUUGCUUGGUCCUUGCUUGACAAUUUUGAAUGGUUGUCGGGAUACACUUCUCGUUUUGGGAUAGUCUAUGUCGACUACAAUACUCUGAAGAGGUAUCCCAAGAUGUCUGCAUAUUGGUUCAAGCAAAUGCUUAAAAGGGAUUGAAGAAGGUGGUGGUGCUUGGAAUUUUUAGUUUGGUUUCUUGCAUUAGCAGAGUGUUAUUUUUUAGGAAAGUCAGAGCUCUGUCCUUGUUUCAAUUUCGGAAUUAAUAAAUUUUUUUGAUAAAUUAGUUCUUUAAUGACAA